AACCCAAUAGUGGACUGAAGUUUACCAUCUCAAAACUGAGCAGUCAUGAGCGAUGAGGAUAUUUCUAAUGAUAAUGCACCGACCACUAGUAUCCAAAUUACAGAGGAGAAGAUGAUCGUUUUGCCGUAGUCUAGACUACUACUUGGGCUGCUCAAACAAUAAUUUGAGCUCAGUUUGCAAAGUUUAGCCGAUUUCAGGAGACGUCAACUCUUCUCAUGGAAAUGAGAGCUCUUAUGGACAUUUGAACAUUUCAAAGAUUUGGUUUGACGCGCGAGCCACUGGAAAUAUCCUACUUGUUGCAUGAAAAGAUCUCGUGGGCAGAAGAAUGCAUUUAGGUAAAAAGAAUCUAUCACAAUGAUUUCGAACUGGCUACAUGUCAGAGCGUGUUACUGUUGUUUUGAUUAGCCAACACAAAGUGCGUUCACUGAGCAGGGUGAAUGCUUGCCAUUGUGCGUAAAGACCUUUUGGUGAUCAAGAGAGACUCCGACAGAUUUCAGGCUAUUUAGACCAUAUAGUUAACAAAACUGUAAUCACUACCAGCCGUUAGAAGUGACCCACCCCAAGACAGAUGUGCAAUUAUUUGUCUGUUGCUGGCAAGUAUUAUACUUCGCGCAUAGGUUUCUAUUAAAUGGCUCGGAUAGACGGGCGCCCAUUUCAAACUUACUUUGAGGCUUUUUUCAUUCAGUAAAACACGCGGCUUUCAUUUUUCUUGCGAAUUUUGCACCACACUUAACAUGUCGGAGCGGGACUGUUAUGGAGACGGCGUGUGCGGGGAUGGAGCCCCUGAGUUUCUACCCGCGAGGGCAUCCCGUGCAGGAAGACGAAGCGGCGUCAUCCUACCGACCACCGAGCGAUCGAGUCCGGACACUGAGAGCGUGCUUCUGGAGGCAGUGAAGGCAGCCCCACGGAGAAGCAGCAUUAUCAAGGACCCGUCUGUGAUGAAGGUGGGCGGCGGGAGGAAGAAGACGGUGUCCUUCAGCAGCAUGCCGUCGGAGAAGAAGGUGAGCAGCGCGGCCGACUGCCUGGCCUUCAUGCAGGGCGGCUGCGAGCUGAAGAAGGUGCGUCCCAACUCGCGCAUCUACUGCCGCUUCUACACGCUGGACUGCGACCUGUCCUGCCUGCGCUGGGAGCCCUCCAAGAAGGACAGCGACCGCGCCCGCCUGGAGAUCGGCGCCAUCCGCGAGGUGCGCACCGGCAAGAGCACCGAGACCUUCCUGCACAACGGGCCCAGCUCGGACGGCCUGGCCGAGGAGGCCGCCUUCUCCAUCAUCCACGGCGAGGAGUACCAGUCGCUGGACCUGGUGGCGCUCUCCGCCGACGUGGCCAACAUCUGGGUGACCGGCCUGCGCUACCUGCUCUCGCUGGGGACCGGGGCCGGCGGCGAGGGCGGCGGCGUCGGGGAGAGCAGCCCCGGCAGCAAGAUGCGGCGCGACUGGCUGGCGGCCGAGUUCAGCCACGGCGACGAGGACGGCUACGGCAUCGUGUCCGAGAAUACAGCGGUGGCCACCAUCUGCAAGCUCUGCCCCGGCAUUAAGGAGGCCAAGGUGCGUCAGCGGUUCAAGGAGAUCCAGCGAAGCAAGGAGAAGCUGACCUCGCACGUGACCCUGGAAGAGUUCCAGGAGGCUUACUGCGAGCUGUGCACGCGCCCCGACGUCUACUUCCUGAUGGUGCAGCUCUCCAAGGACCAGGAGUGCCUGGACACCCAGGACCUUCGCCUCUUCCUGGAGACGGAGCAGGGCCUGUCCCUGGCUACGGCCGAGGGCUGCCUGGAGCUGAUCCGCCGCUUCGAGCCGUCGGCGCAGGGCCGCGAGCGCAGCGUCCUCGGGCUGGACGGCUUCACCCGCUACCUGCAGUCGGUGGAGUGCCAGCUGCUGGACCCCGAGCACCUGCAGGUGUGCCAGGACAUGACGCUGCCGCUGUCCCACUACUACAUCAGUGCCUCGUACCGCUCCUACCUGCUGGACGACCAGGUGCACGGCCGGGCGGACCUCGGGGGGCUGACGCGGGCCCUGCAGGCCGGCUGCCGCUGCCUGGAGCUGGGGGUGACCGACGGGCCCGAGGGCGAGCCUCUGCUGGGGGUGGACCACGGCGCGGAGACCAAGCACCACCACCACCAUCACCACCACCACCACCACCACCACCACCACCCGUCGGUCACCCUGCGCAGCGCCCUGGAGGUGGUCAACAAGUACGCCUUCCUCACCUCGCCGUUCCCCCUGCUGCUCUACCUGUGCCAGCGCUGCUCGCCCACCCAGCAGCGCACGCUGGCGCAGCACCUGCGCAAGGUGUUCGGCCCGCGCCUCUACAUGCCCGAGGCCCUGCCCGUCAGCCUGACGCCGGGCACGCGCGCCACCAGCCUGCCCUCGCCCGAGCAGCUCAAGGGCCGCGUGCUGCUGGUGGGCAAGAAGCUGCCGCCCGAGGACGAGGGCUCCGAGGGCGAGGUGUCCGAGGAGGACGAGGAGAUCGGCGGCGGGGGCCCGCUGGCCGGACGCCGCAUGACCAUCCCCGGCGAGGAGGAGCUCGGCGUGGUGCUGGUCGUGCCGCCGCCCCCCCAGCCCCGGCGGCUGCGUCUGCGCCGCGAGCUCUCCGACCUGGUGUCCGUCGCCCGCACGGGCAGCCGCAGCUUCUACGCCCACCGCAGCAGCGUCCAGAAGCAGAGCCACCACCCGCACUCGCCCAACAGCAGCGCGCCCACCACGCCGGGCACGCCCGUGGCCCCCGAGCAGCCCUACUGGACGCUGUGCUCGCUGGGCGAGGGCGAGGCGGGCCGGCUGGCCACCGAGAGCCCCGAGGACCUGGUCAGCUUCACCAAGCACACGCUGACCCGCGUGCGGCCCAGCUCGGUGCGGCUGGACUCCAGCAACCCCAACCCGCAGGGCUACUGGAAGUGCGGCGUCCAGCUCAUGGCGCUCAACCAGCAGACGUCCGGCGCCAUGCUGGACCUGCACCGCGGCCGCUUCGUCCAGAACGGCGGCUGCGGCUUCGUGCUGCGGCCGGCCAUCAUGCGCGACGAGGUGUCCUACUUCAGCGUGCACACGCAGGGCUGCGUGCCCGGGGUGCCCCCGCAGACCCUCCGGGUCAAGGUCAUCAGCGCCCAGAACCUGCCCAAGCCGCAGGGCUCGGGCGCCAAGGGGGAGGUCAUCGACCCGUACGUGGUGCUGGAGCUGCACGGGGUCCCGGCGGACUGCGCCGAACAGAGGACUCGGACGUCGCAGCAGAACCAGGACCCGCUGUUCGACGAGACCUUCGAGUUUCAGGUCAACAUGCCCGAGCUGGCGCUCCUGCGCUUCGUGGUGCUGGACGACGACUACAUCGGCGACGACUUCAUCGGCCAGUACAGCGUGCCGUUCGAGUGCCUGCAGCCGGGCUACCGGGCCGUGCCGCUGCUGGACCUGGCGGGCGAGCCGCUGCCGCACGCCGGCCUCUUCGUCCACGUGGCCGUGACCAACCGGCGCGGCGGGGGCAAGGCGCAGCGGCGGGGCAUCUCGGUGCGGCGGGCGGUGAGGCGCGGCCGCGAGUACGUCAGCCUGCGCCACACGGGCAUCAAGGCGCUGGAGGAGACCUUCCGGCCCGCCGCCGCGCCCAUCAAGGAGGCCACCGACCUGCGCGAGGAUGCGAUGAGUGCAACGGUGGCUUUCAAAGAGCAGUGUGGGCUCCCCCCAGUGGCCAAACUGAAGCAGUGCAUGCAGAGUCUGGCCACGCGGCUGCAGGGCUCCGACGGCCCGCCCGGCGCCCUGCUGCUCCUGAAGGACGGGUACCCCUGCCUGGAGCCGCUGGGCAACCCCACCGACACCACGCGCAAGCUGCUAAGUGCCUACGACAUGAUGAUAUCAGCCAACAGACAACUGAUAGAAAACUCAGAUGGCGUACAGGAGAGGAUUGCUCAUGUGCAAAGAGAAGGCAUGGUGCUCCAUGAGGACCUGCCCAAGCUGGGGGAGAAGGAGGGGCUGAAGGGCCGCAAGCAGAGCAAAGCUGUGGAGGCCUUCACCUGGAACAUCACCGUGCUCAAGGGCCAGUGUGACCUGCUCCGCAGUGCUAAGGUGGAGGCGCUGGACGGUCUGCGUCAGGUGACGCUGGCGUGCGAGGCGUGCGGGAUGACCGCCACCACCACUGACCUGCACUACACGCCCCCCGCCAACCUCUCCCGACGAGGCAGCACCUUCGGCAACGGCCGCAUCUGAGAAAACCCCCCAUACACACACACACACACACCUAACCCACGUCACCCCACUCCCCCCCACGCACACACACACCCCCACCACGGCUCCCACAGCAAGAGAAAGAGAAAGAGAGAGAGACAGAAGAGACGGAUGACACAGAAGACAUGACUGAAGGAAUGAGAGAAGAUAGCGGAGGGGUAGAGUGGAGGACACAGCCUUCUUGUCGUUGGGCAGUGCAAUAAGACUCAGUGAUCAGCACAGCGACGAGCCCGGGACUGUUGUACGCGGCCGCGCUGUGCAGCACUGUGAAUGUUGAGCAGAGAAGAGACGUGAACGAGACACGAACGAGACACGAACGAGACACGAACGAGACAUAGAUGAGACGAGUUAGAACACAGGUAACAGGAGGCACUUGCGCCCUCUUCAGGUACCAAGAUGAGCUGAUCCGUACCGGGCAGUACCUACAGGAGAGGUAGAGUGGCUCGUCGUCAUCGGUCACUUUUUAAAGAAAAGAUUUUUCCGUAGGGUGUCCUUGAAUAGCAGAUUGAGAAAAGGGAAUGGCGAUAUCCGGUAAACAUUUGAGCCCACUAAUUCCAUUAGGACAGAGGAGAAUGUCAAAUAAUCCUCCAGUCCUUUUUUUUCUUCUCUUAAGUGCGUAGGGUAAACACAGACCUCUGAAGGUUGACCAUUUCUGAAGAAGCGCCCGUUGCUACUCUCCAGAAGUGUGUGAAAUGGAAACUAUUGCCCCACAGUUAGUUUGGUUGGUUUCAUGUUUGAUGCACUCGUGACUCUUUGUCGUUCCGUUGCUCAGUAUCAUUUUGUCUAAUUUAGUCGUAUAAAGUGUGUGUGUGUGUGUGUGUGUGUGUGUGUGUGUGUGUGUGUGUGUGUGUGUGUGUGUGUGUGUGUUGCUUUGCUGCUUUAGCAGAUGUGGUGAAGAUUGCUGUAACAUCUGCUCCAUUGAGAGGGACAGUCUGGUGUUGUUACUGUACGCGGGGAUUCAGUGUUACCCAACUUCCUCCCUUUCCCACUACGCAUCUGUCACAUUCUGUAUGUACAUACUACCCUCCCACACACACACAUACACACAGACAUGCAUAGACACAUACACAACACAAACACACACACACACACACACUCUCUUUUUUGCUUCUCUCUCUCUUCUCUCUCUCUUCCCAUCUCUCUCUCUUCCUCCCCCCUCCUCUCCUCCUCUGGAGCCCAGUAACACUGGAUCCCCCCCUGGCUCAGUAACCUUAGAGGGGUGAGCGGUGUUGAGUCCAUGCACCUGUAGUGUGUGGGCUGGCCACAGCGCCAACUGGACUACUCCGGCCUCAGGUAGCAUCACCUGACCUGACCUCGUCAAAAAGCCUCCGACGAACACCUCCGAUGAGUGUCCAGGACAAGCCACCUGGAAGGUGAUACUUUGACAGGAGCGGGUACUGCCAGUGAUUGUGCGGUCAGUUUUUGCGUACUGUAUAUGCAAGGCUGCGUCCACAGCAGCAUAUACUGUAGUCCAGAGUGGAAUUAAAUCUUCUUUUUUUUCCGGAGCGAGGAGUCAUUACUUCUUUGUUUAGGCUUCAGUUCUAGUUCGAGUUCUAGUCUUGUCAAAAUAGAUGGAAAUAUAUUAUCAUUUCUUGCUCAAUUUCAAGCAAUAGUGAUUUUAAGCAGCGAUGCCCUUUACUAUAAAAGCAAAUGAAUGUCUGAGUGUGUAUCACUGAUAUUUAUCUUUGAAGAACAAUGUCGUUAGAGUGAAACAUAGUUGGGGUGUUUUCGCUGAUCUGUCUGAGAGCUUGGUCUUAGUCAAGGUUCUCACAGCACCUAAAUGUUGUGUGCUAUUCAGGAAACAAGUGGUGUGUUUUUCUCUUCUAAAACAACAAACAGGCCUACAUACAUCUGAGUUGAUCAAUUAAUAGUAAGCCCUGUGUCUCCCUGUGGCUGUAUGGUUAUUGACAAGGUCACUGGUGUGUUAGCAGUUGUGUUUGUGUGUUUAGAGCAUGCGUGUGUAUUUAAAAAGGGAUGCCUACGUGAAUGUAAAGAAUUUUCUCCAUGGCCUGGGACAAUGUCUUUAUGGAUGGAAUUGGAGGUGGGCUUUCUUUUGUUUUGUGUUUUUUAUUUUUGUGUUUAUUUUGUUCUUACAAAAACAAAAACUCUUGUCAGUUAUUCCAAGCCUUUUUUUGCCACACACUUCUGUCCUCCAGUCCUCUCGGACAGUAAAUUCUUUUUCCUUUUUUUUUUUUUUUUUGUUUCACAAGAAGUGCUUAGUGAUGAGAGAGAAACGGGACGCUGUCAUUAGAAACACUGCCAAUGGAACUUGGCAAACAAUGGCUUUCUCCUACCCUCCAUCUCCACAGCGGAUUUUAUUUUUGCUCUUUUUUUGCUUUUUGUCCAUCCAUCUCUUCAGCCUUUCAGUUCCUGUCUUUUGUCUCCUGUGCUUCUCGGCCUUGAUGAUGAUGAAAUGGAUGUAAAUUGCCAAAGUCCCACACACUUUCCUGUGUACCCAAUCUGUCGUCACGUCGUCUCUCAGAAAGGGUGUAGGGGGAGGGAGAGAGCGAGAUAGAGAGAGAGAGAGAGAAAAGAGAGAGAAAGAGAGAUGGGUUGCAGGAGUGCUUGAAUGCGUAAAAACUCCCAGGGAAGGUGAUGAGUGCCUGCCCAGCUGUUUCUGUACAUUACAGUGUAAGUGUGUUUGUGUGUGUGUGUGUGUGUGUGUGUGUGUGUUUGUGUGUGUGUGUGUGUGUGUGUGUGUGUGUGUGUGUGUGUGUGUGUGUGCGUGUGUGUGUGUGUGUGUGUGCGUUUGUGUGUGCGUUUGUGUGUGCGUGUGCAUGUGCGUGUGUGUGUGCGUGUGUCUAUGCGUACAUGUGUGUGUGCAUGCCUGUGUGUGUGUGUGUGUGUGUGUAUGUAUAUUUGCACGUGUAAUUGUGUUGUGUUUGUAUAAUACAUGUGUGAGUGUGUGUUUACCUCUAAAGUGCUACUUAGCAGACAGUGAAACAUUUUAUCUUUUUAAAAAAAAAAAUGUACCAACCAAAGCUUUGCUUAAACCCUUAGACCAGGCAUUCCAAGACCCACGAUGAUAGCAGUUGUGAAUAUUUUAACUAUCCCACAUCCGGGACUAACCAGCCCCCGUAAAUAGGGCACAACCCUAACACUGCCUUCCUGUGACCUCAUGGCUCUCACCUUCACGACCCUCACCCUACACUCACCACAUCCGCGCCGGAUCUGUUUACCUGUAAAGGGGCCCAGCCCUAAAUAAUCCAUGGUCAGGGUUUGUGUGACAUCACAGUAUUAGCUUUCGGCUUUCCUGUUUUGCGCCGGUAAAGGGGUCAACCUGUGCGAGCUCGAGGACGAUCGGGACGACUCGUAUCACAUGCUGUUGGUAUAGGCGGCAGGUCGCGGUGGUAGUGGUGGUGGUGGUGGUGGUGAUGCAGGUCCCCUGAGCUGCACUUUAAAUAAAUGAGUAAUAAUAUUAAUAUGAAUAAUAACACAGGAUCAAGGCUGAAUUUCCAUCAAUGGCUUUUUUUCCCCCUUCAGUAUAUAGGGAUCACUAUAUAUAUGUAGGGACUUCACUAUAGAGGGAUAUUUUUUCAAGCUGGAGUUUUCAGUCCAGUGGUUGUUUUUUUAUUUUAUUAUUAUUAUUUUUAUUAGAGCACUACGUAGGAAACAGGGAACCAUUGGACACAUGGUCAGAUCUUUGAGUGGCAUUCUGAACGAGUCAGCUUGGCUUUUACAGUAUUAGUCAACAGUCGGAGCGGUGCUAUGGUACUCAGUGGUGUAGUAGUGGUUUUUACUCUCUGAUAACUAACCUAUGUGUCUUAACUAGAUCCUUGGUGUGGAAAAUGCCAUUCUCACAAUUUAUUUGUGUUUGUUUUUGUCUGUCUGCUUUUUUUUCCUCUUGUAAACUUUUACAAAGACGUGUUAUUAUUACUCUAUUGUUACUAUCUGUGUACAAAAAAAAACAACACAAAAAAUAACAAAUAAAAAAGAAUAUUUAUUGAAAAAGGAAGAUUGUGUUUUAAAAUAAACUUUAAAAAGCUGUCUUUUGCUUUUAUUUUGAAAAGCCCGUUUGUAUUCUAUUUGAUUAACAACUGUUGACAGGUGAGCAAACUAAAUAAAGCUAUAUUGUACUGAC